GCAGCAAGAGGGAGCCCCAGGAUCUCUUCCCUGCUCCCCAUUCCCUGGUCCCAUGCCUGCCUAUCGACAAGAAGCCAAUUGCCAGCAAGAGCACUUUGGAACUGUCCUGGGACAUGGACAGCUCCUCCCCCAGCUGCCAAAGGGCUCCUCCACAGCUGCACGUCCCACCCUUUCCUCAGGGAAAGGGCUUCCCAGCAGCCUGUCCUUCAUCCUGUGGGCAUGUGCUGGAUGCCAACGCAGCAGGCAGCUCCUGCUUCCCAGCUGCCCGGGCGGACUGGGGAUGCUCAAAUACCCCAUUUCCAGGAUGUUCCUGCGCCUGGUGGGAUCAGUCCUUAGCCCAUCCUUGUGGGACCUCCCCAGGACCUGCUGAGCACACAAAACAAAACAAACAUCCAGAGAAGCAGGACUAGAAAGUGUUGCUGAGGCAGCCCAGUCCAUUGGUGGAUCUGCAAGGCAGUUGCAUUUCCUAUCAGGAAAUGUAUCUGUGCAUUAUGGUUUCUGGCAUGUAGUGCAUGCAUUAGAAUGUGCAAAUGAUAACAAAAAGUGGUAUUUUUGUCAGUCUUUGGGGUUUUUUUGGUUUUUUUUUCAGUCUGUUGUGAUUCAGCUGAGGAUCAUGAAAUCAGCAGAUAUUCAGGUGCUUGGAGUGUCCUGUGGAUUGGGCAAUUGGAGCUUUCCAUGUUGCAGGAGAGCAAGUGUGGAGAGCUGCUUCAGCUGUGCUCAGCUGUGCCCAUCUCUCUGGUGCCUCCUCUGGAGACAGAUAAACUUAAACCGGAGCUGUAAGGUCCUGGCUGGCCACAAAACUCCCCAGAAAGGUUUCCUACUCUACCUCCAGCUGAAGGAAUCUGCACAGCUCUUAUCCAGGUGCUCCUAGAAAAAAACACGAGCGAACAAAUCACAUUGGGUGAGAUUCCUCAAUGGAUCCCUGAGAUCUCCUGGGUAUGGCCUGCAGAGAAUGACCCCAUAUGGCUUCCAUUCCGCAAAAAAUUCUGUGUGAAUAAUCCCACCCUCAAACGGAUCCUCCCAAAAGAGGGAAUUUCACAGAGUGCACUGUGACUUGGGCUUUGUGUGAUGCGCUCCCUCACAGCUGCCAGGGAAGCACAGAAUGGGUUGCACGUGUAAGCACACAGUUCUGAGCCUGAUGGCCUCUACAGCCAGCUUCAUUUUCCAGGCAAAUAAGGGCAGCUGCACCUGGUAUCCAUCUUUUUCAGAUCCUCUCCACCUCUCCUGCUGUGGGGUGGCCAGGCAGCUGCACUGUGGGAGCCCCUGCUCACUGCCAUCCCUCCCUCAGCAUGCCACGGGCACCGCGCGGCCCCAGAGCACUCUGUAAAUAGUCGGAAGCGAUGAAUGGAUUUCCCUUUCCUCUCCAUGUGUGCUUUAGAUUUUUGGCCGGAUACAGCACGGGCCCAGGACACAUCAAAACAUGAGACUCACUGCCUGGCAGCCCUGGCUUUCACAUGGGAACAGUUUGAUUUGUGAAGCAGCGUGAGGCUUGGUGCGUGAAGCUUAUGGUGAUUUCCUGGGGAACGUUUUUUGUUUGCCAGGCAAAAGAGCCUGGAGUGUGCUGGUGGCUGGCACAGCCUCCGUGCUGGGUGUGCGACACUCUGGGGCUGGGCUGAAGCAGGGCCAUGCUGUGCUGUGCCCAUGCCAGCACUGUGCAUGGGAAAGUGCUCAGGGAAAGCCAGGCUUUCUCCUGCUUCCCCUUCCCCCCAGACAUGUUUACCACAACACAGAGGGUUUUUUCCGCGGGCAGUGGCCACCCUCCCGUGUGAGCCGGGCAGCUUGUUGGCGCCCUGCCUGUGCUCCCACUCAGCCCGUUUCAAGCCGGACAGCGUCCCCGCCAUGGGCCCCUGCAGGAUGAGUCAAGCCCCGGCAGAGCACGGAGCCCGGGUGGGCCAUGCCUCGCACCCCGGCUCGUGGCGGCGGGAGGCUGAGGCCUCCCGAGGUGUGCGCGGCCUCAGCCCCGCCGCACGCCGCUCCCCGGGGGACAGCCCGUGCAGGGCUGCUCCCGACGGCUCCUGGAGUCAGGGCCGUCUCGAAACAAUGGGUGGAGAGCAGGAAACGCCGCAUGGGAAACAGGAUUUGGCUCCGCCGCCGCCGCCAGCCACGGCCCCUUGGCCCCUUUCCUUUCCCUGCUCCAGAGAGCCCUUCCCACAGCCAUCAGCCACGGGGCUGCGCCGAGGGAUGGGGAUGCCGCCCGGGCGGGCUGGGGCAUGAGGCGCUCUGAACAUUGGACGAAAAGCAGGGUCCGAACACCUCCUGGUUGGGCUAGGGGCUCAGCAUGGCUCAGGGAACCCUGAGCACACGGCCCUAGCCCUGGAGGGGUGGGUGGGUGCCUUUCCCUGGAAGACGUGCCAGAGGCAGCGAGGCCAGGGGCCCCUUGGCCAGCAAACCCUGCUCUUAAGCAGCUGACUGGCCACGGAGCCAGAGAAACAGGGGCAUCUCUCAGCCCGUGCCCAGGCUAUGCACCACAGGAGGUGGUCCCAGCUGCCCUGGAAGUCAAGCAACAGCGCGGAGAAGAGAUGGGGGACACGGGCAGGGAGCAGCGGACCUGAGCUGCUGCUCACGUGGAGCUCCUAGGCAGCCACAGCCUCCAGCUCUGACCCCCGUAGCCAGGAAAUGCUGGGGAUUUUCUGACCUCUACCAGAUUUGGAACAAGCUCCAAGGACAUGGGACUCCAGCUUUGUCUUCUACUUCUCUUCCCACAUCUGGCAGGAGCCAUCCUGGACAUCACCCUGAUUGCCAACGUGCAGAGCCUGUCCCACUCCGACUUCUUCCUCUCCUGCAUCGUGGGGGAGCACGACGUGAGCUACCUGCAGAUCGAGCGGGAGAACAAGAUCCUGAUGACACACCCCAAAAUGAGCUUCCAAAACUACCGCAACCGCAGCAACCAAGUCCAGGCCAGGGGCUUCUCCAAGAAUGACCUGGUGGGGAUCCUCUACUGCCUGGGGCGCACCCCGACCGAGCAGGCAGAGGUGGUCUAUGUGCACAACAGCCACAAUGCCCACCUCUUCCCAGUGAAGGCCACACAAUCUGUGAAUGUUGCCGAGGUGGCCACCUUCUCUGCCAGGAUCCUCAAGAGGAAGGAGACAGAUGUUAUGUGGAAAAGAAACGGCUCCUACUACCAGACCACGGACCGGGGCGAGGUGCAGGAUGACCAUGUCAUCCUGACACUCCCCAAUGUCAAUGUCAAUGAAACCGGUGUCUACAGUGCCACGUUCAUGGGGGACAGCCCUCUGUUGAGUGCCUUCUACCGCCUCAUCGUGAGAGCCUGCCCUGCGAAGAAAUGGGGGCCAUCCUGUGAGAAGGACUGUCCCGACUGUCUGAACGGUGGCAUCUGCCACGACCACGUGGGUGAAUGCAUCUGCCCUCCAGGGUUCAUGGGCACCCGCUGUGAGAGAGCCUGCCGGGAAGGCCAGUUUGGCCGCAACUGCCAGGAGACCUGCCAGAGAGCCCAGGGCUGCCAGGGGCUGAGCUUCUGCCUUCUCGACCCCUAUGGCUGCUCCUGUGCCUCAGGCUGGAGUGGCUCCCGCUGUGACCAAGCCUGUCCCUCAGGAUUCUAUGGCCCUGACUGUGCCCUGGAGUGCACCUGUCAAAACGGAGGCAGCUGUAACCGCUUCAGUGGCUGUGUCUGCCCUGCAGGCUGGCAUGGGCAGCACUGUGAGAAAUCAGACCGGUUCCCCCAGAUCAUCCAACUGGCCUCAGAGCUGGAGUUCAACCUGGGCUCAGAGCCCAUCAUCAGCUGCGUGGCCAUUGGCAACCCACUGCCCACCAGGGACAGCGUGGAGCUGCGCAAGGCUGACGGCACUGUGCUCAAGGUCAUCAAAACCAUCAUCGAGCCAAAGCAGAUCACCUGUGAGUUUGAGGUGCGGCACCUGACAAAGGCGGACACGGGGCUCUGGGAGUGCCGGGUCUCUACGACCGGGGGCCAGGACAGCCGGAAAGUCAAGGUCAAUAUCCGAGUGCCACCAGUGCCCUUGAGCGCCCCCCGGCUGUUGGCCAAGCAGAGUCGCCAGCUGGUGGUGUCACCUGUGGACAGCUUCUCUGGUGACGGACCCAUCACCUCCAUCAAGCUCUUCUACAAGCCCAAGGAUGACAAUUCAGCAUGGUCAUCCAUUGUGGUCGACAACAGUGAGAACAUCACCCUCAUGAACCUCCGGCCAGUCACUGCCUACAUCGUCAAGGCGCAGCUGAGCCGGCCAGGGGCUGGUGGGGAGGGCAGCAAGGGUCCCGAAGCCAUCAUGGUGACUGACUGCCUUGAGCCCACAGUCAAGCCUGUGAUCGAAGGCUGGUCCAUAGAAGAGAAAAACAUGCUUCAUGUCAACUGGAAGUUGCCAAGCAACCAUGAGCCAGCACAUGGGUUCAUUGUCCACCUCUUUGACUCUGCAAGGCGGUUGGUGUCUGAGAAAAACAUCACCUCCAUCUCUGUGCUCUCUGCCCGCAUCGGGGACUUGGAGUUUAACAAGGAGUACAGGCUGGAGGUGCUGGUGUACCACUGCACCAGCCUGGGGCCACCCUCUGACCCCUAUAAGGUCAUGAUCAACAGUAAAGGGCCCUCCUCCCCGCAGCUGCUCUCGGCAGAGCCCGUGUCCGACACGGCUGUCAGGCUCUCCUGGCAGGUGCCCGAGUACCCCAACGGGGGCAUCACCAAGUACAUCGUGGAGCUGCAGCAGGUGGGGGGCACCAGUGAACCCCAGUGGAUUGACACUGACAGCGGCGCUGAGACCACCAAGAUCGUUGGGGGCCUCAAUUCCAGCACCAGCUAUCAGUUUCGUGUCCGUGCCAACUCCCACGUUCCAGGGGAAUGGAGCCUGCCCGUGAAAGCCAAGACCCUCGGGGAUGGAGUGCUGAGCGUGCCGCCCAGCCUGGGCAGCCAGAGCCCUGAGCAGGCGGGAACAGACCAGCAGCUGCUCUUGGCCAUUGUUGGCUCUGUGUCCGUCACUUGCUUCACCAUCCUCUUUGCUCUCCUGGCACUUUUCCUCAUCAAGAAGAAUUUUUUCCACCGGCGCCGCACCUUUACGUACCAGUCUGGCUCGGUGAGUGCCGCCUGCCCCACCAGGACCGUGUCCCCUGCUCCCCACGUCCCAGCCCGAUCCAGGUCACGUUCCAUAGCCUCCAGUCCGGAUGCAGCCAGACCUCACUUCCACACGGAGAGGGGGGAAGAGACCAUCCUACAGUUCAACUCGGGGACCCUGACCCUGACACGCCGGCCCAAGCCGCAGCCUGAGCCCCUCAGCUACCCCAUCCUGGAAUGGGAAGACAUCAAGUUUGAGGACAUGAUUGGGGAGGGCAAUUUUGGGCAGGUAAUCAGGGCCAUGAUCAAAAAGGACGGACUGAAAAUGAAUGCAGCCAUCAAGAUGCUGAAAGAGUUUGCUUCAGAGAAUGACCAUCGGGACUUUGCCGGGGAGCUGGAGGUGCUGUGCAAACUGGGCCAUCACCCCAACAUCAUCAACUUGCUGGGUGCCUGUGAGAACAAGGGCUACCUGUACAUUGCCAUUGAGUAUGCCCCGUAUGGAAACCUCCUCGACUUCCUCCGCAAAAGCCGAGUCUUGGAGACAGACCCAGCCUUUGCCAAGGAGCACGGCACUGCCUCCACCCUCACAUCCCAGCAGCUCCUCCAGUUUGCUUCAGAUGUGGCCAAGGGGAUGCAGUACCUGAGUGAGAAGCAGUUCAUUCACAGGGACCUGGCAGCAAGAAACAUUCUGGUGGGAGAAAACCUGGCCUCCAAAAUUGCUGACUUUGGUCUCUCCAGAGGGGAGGAGGUCUAUGUGAAGAAGACAAUGGGCCGUUUGCCAGUUCGCUGGAUGGCCAUCGAGUCCCUCAACUACAGCGUGUACACCACCAAGAGCGAUGUGUGGUCUUUUGGUGUCCUGCUCUGGGAGAUUGUCAGCUUGGGGGGGACACCGUACUGCGGGAUGACGUGUGCCGAGCUCUAUGAGAAGCUGCCCCAGGGAUACCGCAUGGAGAAGCCGCGUAACUGCGACGACGAGGUGUACGAGCUGAUGCGGCAGUGCUGGCGCGACCGCCCCUACGAGCGCCCGCCCUUCGCCCAGAUCUCCAUGCAGCUCAUCCGCAUGCUGGAGGCCAGGAAGGCCUACGUGAACAUGGCCCUGUUCGAGAACUUCACCUACGCGGGGAUUGAUGCCACCGCCGAGGAGGCGUGAGGCUGCGCUGGCCCCAGCCUGCUGGAACAGUGCUGUGGGGACAAGGAGCUGCUCAUCGCUCCAGGGCCAAGCAGACAAAUGGCAGCGCCCCCUCACAAGAGUGCCUUCCCUGCAGCAGGACUGUGUCCUCCCCUCCCUGGUGUGGUGCCAGCCACUAACAGCCCCACACUCUUGGGACAGGCUGGGGUGGCCCCCAAGGACAAGCAGCAGUAGAGUGCUGGCAGAAGAGCAGCCAGGAGAGGGUCUCCCUCAGGAGCCAGAGUACUGCCUAAGCCCAUGGACACACAUGCUCAAGUUUUGGGGUGAGAGGAGGAAGCAGCAACACAGCUGCAGCCCUCAGCACACUCUGAAGUGGUGCUAGGGGUUGUGAGCAGCGCUGCUGGCAUGGCAUGGGGCCACCCUGGCGGGCACAAAAGGACAGUGUUGGCUGUGCACAGCCUCCAGCUCUGCAGUGACCCUUCAGAGAUGUCAGCUCUGCCUUAUGGACAAUAAAGAUCAUGCAACA